GUUUCAGCAAAUCACGGCCGUUCGCCACGCCCCCUCGACUACGGUAGUGUCGCCGCAGCGCUGUGCCUCAGAUGAAUCCCGCCACGCUGUCAACGGUUGGCUUCGAUUUCGGCGCUUCUGGCAGCCAGCCAGAGGCAAAUGAUCACCUUCAGAGGUUAGCUGCUAUGACCCAAGGCGUAGGCAAAGAUGAUCACGAACAAACAGCGGCUCCCUCUACAGAUGCUGCCCUCUACACAGGUGCAGCAGCCUACAUGCCUGGAUAUGCAGGUUGGCCCAACUAUUAUCAACAAUUCGGACAACCACUGGCACCGGCAGCGUUUUCCGCCUGGCCUCCACAAUGUUAUGCAGCCCCUCAUUGGCCUAACUAUGCUGCGUCAAAAAAAGGCAGACAGACGUAUCAGCGGUACCAGACCUCGGUGCUCGAGCAGAAAUUCCAGCAGUCCAGCUACGUGAGCAAGAAACAGCGCGAAGAGCUGCGACUGCAGACGAACCUCACCGACCGACAGAUCAAGAUUUGGUUCCAAAAUCGGAGGAUGAAGGCGAAGAAGGAGAAGCAACGGAUAGACGACCACGGCGAGCACGCACCGCUUCUGCCGGCGAACCCGCCGAAGACGCUGUUGGACGACGACGACAAGAAGUGGCACAUGGGUGCCGGCCAACAAACCACGGCCGCAUGGCCCCCGGCUCCCCCGCACCCCUAUCAGUAUCCCUUAUGUCCCCCUUGACGACUACAACGGGUAUUUGGCAUCGUCAUUGAGACUGACUAUUCAAUUCGAUCUAUAUUGAUUCUGUGCGGUGUGUAUUGUGUAAAGUAUUCGUGCAAUUGUGUGUUAUGUUUUCUUCAACUCGAUCGAUAUUCGAUUACCACUAGAAUUUUUCUCUCU